CAAUAUAAAUAGCCGCGAAAAAAAAUCUCAUUACUCUGAAUUCUAAUUUGUAAAUAAGUUUCAACUACUUACUAGUGACAUUAUGAAACUUCAAUUAAUUCAAUUUUUAUUGGCUUCUUUAUCAGCCAACUUGGCAAUUGGGCAAGAGCCAAUAGUGACAUUUGAUAAAAUAACAACCACUGUUGUGGCAAAUAAUCCAUUUGCUGGUGAUUGGUCCUGCGAAAUAUCUGGUUCAGGAGAAAUAGGAUCUUGUAAAAUUCCAAUGAAAAAAGAUUUGCCUGACACUAUGAGGAUGAAAGGGAACAUCGAAUUUCAAGGAAGUGAAGUUGUAGAUUUUGAUGUAACUGUUUGUGAAGCAUUCGAAAAUGAGGAAGUCGGUAAAGAUAUUCUUAAGCACGGAAUACCGAAAGGCGAAUUCCCUCAACAGUGUCCAUGCAAAGCGGGCAUGGAUUAUGAAAUAAGCAACUAUAAAGUUCCUAAAGAAAAAAUACCACCAGGUGUACCAGACGGUGACUUUUCUGCUGACCUUUAUAUGUACGAACCAGGCAAAGAUCCUUACGGAACAGUACACAUCGAAGGGAAAAUAUCUCACGAAUUACCCAAACCUCCUGGAUUGGGACGUUAAUUAGUAAUUAGUUUUUAUUUUGAUUUUGAUUUUUGACGAUGUCACCAUGGCAAUAUCUAUAUGAUUUUCUAGUAGUAUUUGUAGGGCAUAUAUAAGAAUAAUUAUUUUAAUGAUAAUACUUGCCUAUGUACUUGAAUAAAUUAGUUGUGCGU